AUGUGGUCGUUACGGAUCCUCAGACACGGGUCAUCGCGCAGAGGAAACGCGGGCUUCGACACAUCAGGCCGGUGCUGUUGUGUUUGGAGCGAUCGGACGUGUGCUGCUGCAUCGUCCUGGUCCAUCAGCACAAAGAGUCAGCUCUGUGCCCUGGUCACCUCUGAUUUUCUCUUAAAGACUUUCACUGAGGAUUAUUCUUCUGGUCCUUCAGACAUGGUGAAGCUAACAAAGGCCAAGACUUUCCAGGCUUACCUGGACACAUGCCAUCGCCGCUACAGCUGUGUGCACUGCCGCGCCCAUCUGGCCAACCAUGACGAUCUCAUUUCUAAGUCUUUUCAAGGCAGUCAGGGCCGAGCCUACCUCUUCAACUCUGUAGUAAAUGUUGGAUGUGGCCCUGCAGAAGAGCGGCUUCUGCUCACUGGACUUCACGCUGUAGCUGAUAUCUACUGUGAAAACUGCCACACCACUCUUGGCUGGAAAUAUGAGCAAGCUUUUGAAUUAAGUCAGAAAUAUAAGGAAGGGAAGUACAUCAUUGAGUUGUCCCACAUGAUUAAAGACAAUGGCUGGGAUUGA